UCACGGGCUUCAAGCUGCCUUUAUAAACUUGUUCCACUUUUGCAUACUUCCUCAUACUGCUCGUUUCUCUGUGAAGAUGAAGCUGCUUGUUUACUUAGUCUUGCUGAAGACAGCUCUCCUUUCUUUAACAAAUGUCUUUGCAGCUGUUUCAGAAGAUGAAAAGGAUGCUACAGAAGGAAAAGUUGCUGAGACUUGUCCUAUAAAGCUCAAAACUAAUCAGAAAUGUGAUGAAGGAGAGGACUGUCCGUACCAGAUAAAUCUGCCUCCAAUGACCAUCCAGUUACCCAAAGAAUUCAGACUGCUUGAGAAGACUCUCAAAGAAGUACAGACCCUUAAAGAAGUAGUAAACAAGCUGAAGAAAUGCUGCCAAGAUGGAAAGCUGCAGGCAGAUGACAACCAAGAAAGAGAUACCAGUAAUGAAUUCCUACUACCUAAUGCAGAAACUCCAGCAGAAAACAGCAAAAUCCAAGAUAACAGAGUGAAGGAGCUGCAAAGCAAAGUUAACAGAAUGGCAACCAGCUUAAAAAAUGCAAAGAGCCAGAUUCAGACACUGCAGGGUCGUUUAGAGAAGAUGAGCCUCAUAAAUAUGAACAAUGUGGAACAUUAUGUUGACAGCAAAGUUGCUAAUUUGACAUUUGUGGUGAACAGCCUUGAUAACAAAUGUUCUUCUAAAUGCCCGGCAAUGCAACCAAAACCUGUUAUACAAAUAAUGCAGAGGGACUGUGCUGAUCACUACGCAGCAGGCAGAAGGAGUGAUGGGAUCUACAGGAUUAGUCCUGACCCCAGAAAUGACAGCUUUGAAGUUUACUGUGACAUGCAGACACACGGAGGCGGCUGGACAGUGCUGCAGCGGCGUCAGGAUGGCAGCACUGACUUCAACAGAACCUGGAACGAAUACAAAAAUGGCUUUGGGAACCUCAGCAGGGAGUUCUGGCUGGGGAAUGACAAGAUUCACCUCCUGACAAAGAGUCAGGAAAUGCAAUUGAGGAUUGAUCUGGAGGAUUUCAAUGGCAUCAGGGAGUACGCAAGGUACGAACACUUCUACGUGGCCAACGAGUACCUCAAGUACCGCCUGAGCGUGCACGGCUACAGCGGCACGGCCGGAGACGCCCUUCACUACAGUCGCCACUACAACCAUGACCAGAAGUUCUUCACAACUCCAGACAGGGACAAUGACAGGUAUCCCUCAGGAAACUGUGGGGCAUACUACAGCUCUGGCUGGUGGUUUGAUGCGUGCUUGUCUGCCAACCUCAACGGCAAGUACUACCACAAGAAAUACAAAGGCGUGCGCAAUGGCAUUUUCUGGGGCACGUGGCAUGGCAUGUCUGAUGAGAUCCCCAGUGGGUACAGGCAAGCCUUUAAAUCAGCAAAAAUCAUGAUCAGACCCAAAAGUUUUGUGCGGUAAUUCUAUACCUUUCUCUUAAAUAGCAUGUGUUGGAUUGCACUCAAAAUCAUACUUGCUCAGUAUUAUACUCAGAAUUCAAGUAUUCAGUAAUGUUUGGCAUAAAACAGUUCUAGACAAAACACGUAUUUCCACAUAAAUUUUUAGAGACUGUAUGACCUCUGUGAUGUAUUAAAACUAGCAUGAAUGUUUAUGAAUAGCUACUGCUAAAACUUAGCACAGUUUAAGUCUCGAUAUUGUUAUGUAAAUAUUCUAAACAUGGCUUUUGGUGCUUUUACUGGCUGUGAUAUACAAGAUUCUGUGAUUUAAAACUUUUAAGUGGUCUUCUACAAAUUGUGUCUGGAUGAACACCUACAUUUUAACCUGAAAAUAACUUAGAGAUAUAAGUUAUAAUAUAUUAAUUUCUUAACACUUAAAAUGAAAAUGAGUCUACUACAAAUUAUUAUUUUUAAGUGACUGGGGAAAGAGAAGCCCACAUGGUUUGCCUAAAGACACACAAAAAACCUUGAUGAGAACUUAGAAAAUGAAGCUGGUUCCUCACAUCUUAACCCCUUUAUCAAAGAUUUUUCAAAGUAGCUUGUGAAAGAAUUGAAUAAAAGCACGUGGAAAUAAUGUAGUAAGCAUGUAAGGAAAGAGUCUUUCUUGCACAUCUUGGUUCCUCCUUUGAAGGUCAAGGUCCUGUUUGUCAUUUGUGGAAGAAAGGAGACCUUUUGUAGCUUAGGAAGAAGAACACAUCAAUAAGAAUUUAUGUAUUUUCAUGAAUGCCUUUAAACAGAGAGUUUCCAGUGCCAUUUUGCUUCCCUAGAACCUUUUAGGUAAGUCAAAUGCUACAGGAUGACUCUUGUAGAGGUUCAGUCUCUCAUUUAAGCACUUAAGCACUUUCAGUACCAUUAGCCCCUAAAAUUAUAAGAAAGAUUAUUAAUAUUUUCUAAGAUACAAAAGAUUGUGUUCUCCCCAUUUUCUGAGUACCCCUUUUGUAGCCACAGAAAUGUGAAUAACCCAAUGCCAGUUAUAAAGACAAUAUAUCAAACACUUUUUUCUUUUAAAAUACAACAAAUGAAACAAUCACAUUUUCAAAUACUUCAGGAAGUGCAAAUUAGAGAUAGAUACUAUUAUUGAAGUUCAUGGUGUAGAUAGUGAGCACAAACCUGGCUGUAUGUGUUUGUUGCCCACUCUAGAAGGACUAUCUUUGUAAUUACAGUGACUAACAUUCUGAGCAGAAAGGCAAUUUAUCUUAUCAAGAGGCUAUUUUGCUAUAUUGCUUACACCAAUCUUGAGAUGCAGAUAAACUCUAGUAAGACUGUAUUUCUUUAGGAGUCUAAUUGUGGUCUUUGCAGUGAUUACUUAAAUAUACGAAGUGUACACCUGACCUUACAUUUUACAAAUAUAACUGGUUUUUAAGAUGAUAGCAAGAACUAUUAUGGUUACAAGUUAUGCAAAUGAGCAACAGUGUCAAUUGCUAAAUUGUAAAAUAAUAAUAUAUGUAUUUUAAGGAAGUAAAUACUUUGAAAGAUAUUUCAGUGAGUGAUUUGGUUUAUUGUGUUUCAAUAUUAAAAAUUAUUGGAAAAUUUUAAUUGCAAGAUGUAUUAUCUUUGGUUGAGACAUGUUUUGAAGCUAUAGAGUAUUUAUUUUGGGAUUAAAAAAAGGAUUGUCUAAGUAAAACAAAAAAAAGUAACAUGAAGUAUUGGUUAGAAGAACAAAUAUCUAAUUGUAUAUGGUUAUAUUUAAUCAUUUUGCAUGAAAUGCACAUUUUGCUCCUAUUCUUUAUAUGGCAACUAUCUAAGUAUGACUUACAGUAUCUACCAGCUUCUACUUGAAAAUGUCUUUUUCCUGCUAAGUUUUUAGAAGAGAAACUGUCCUUUUUUUAACCUGUUUUAAAGGAAACUUUGUGAAGCACAGAAAUUUUAAAAGAAUAAGAAAUUUGACAAAUGAAAGCUACAAAAGCUUUGUCUUAAAAAAGAAAAAAAAAAUUAAGUGUAAUGUUGCUACAUAAAUCUGAAUAUUGCCUGCCAGGAACUGUUGUAGCUGAAUCUCCAUCAAUGUGCACAAGUUACACAAAGCGUAAUUCCACCUACUUGCUGCAAGCAUCUUCCCUGUUUUUCCUUGGUGUAAUAAAUUUAAGUCACACUGUUAAAGCUGUACUACUGUCAUAGAUGUUUAUGGAGACUAUAAAAAAUAUUGUUAAUUGCAUUACUGAUUUUCUGUAAAAAUAAAGCAAUAAGAAAGC